AUGAACGCGGUGUCAGAAACCAACCUGCAGGUCGUCACGACACGAACCUGCCGUACGGCUGUGCCGUUUUCGGGUGAGUCUCCUGACAGGUGUUUCCCAGACUGGCUCGAGGGCCUCGGUUUCCUCGAGGAGAACCUGUCCCAGGCUGGCCCUUGCUGGGUGCAGCCCCGGGAAGGCGGCGGAGGCACCUUCAAGUUCUCCAGCCGGGACCCCAUCUGGCUGCUGCAGCGCCGGGUUCCGGUCAGGGCUGGCAGCCUGGUGCUGUGGGACACGCUGCUGGCGCACGGCAGUUGCCCCAACGCGUCCGCGAACUUCAGGGUCGCCCAGUUCGUCCGCGGCUUCCGCGCCGGCCAGAUGAGCCCCCCGCGCGCUGCUGCGCGAGCGGAGGCCACCAGGACGCACCUCCGCGCCGCGGGCGCCCUGCAGUCGCUGGGCCCUCUCGCGCCCCACGUCUUCGGCGUGGCCGCGGGCGCCUCGCCGCCGGGCCCCGCCGGGAGCGGCGCCGCGUGCCCGGGUCGCCGCGAGUCCAUGAGUUAUUUCUCCAACGAGGCGCUCGCGGCGGCCGCGGCGCCAGCGCUGUUGUGGGGCCUCGCGCGCCAGGCGGGCUUCGGCCCGGAGGACGAGGUCGCCCUCAUCUGUGAGGCCAGCGUGUGGUUCAAGGACAACCCGCCAACGUUUGUCCUCGGCACUUUCGACAGGGUGCAGGCAUACGUCAGUGCGUGCAGGGAGGUCUUCCCUGGCUUGGAUCCAGAGGUCAAGCACAGGAUCGGCGGACUGCUGAAUACCGGCCAGCUGGUGUGGUCGCUGCAGAAUCGUUGGAAGAAGGGCGUCCCGGGCACCGCGGAGGGCCAGGCGUUGCCCCUCACCGACGGGGAGCGCUGCGCUGGCACGGCCCGCCGCAAGAACGAGGACGAGCUCGACGAGGACAGGGAGACGUACCUGAGGGUGGCCGCCUCCUUCGGACGGGGCUUGGACAAGGACGAGGACGAGGUCGAGCACCCCUGUAGCGUCCCGACGACGCGCCGACGCUGGACCAGAUCUCACCCUGGCGGGCAUCCACCCCUUGCACGAGCGGACGGUCGGCGUGGCGCAGGUUCGCCACGCGUUCGAGCGGGCAGAGGUUGCUCGGACCCCAUCUGGGAGGCCUCUGGCAGCUCGGGCUGGAGGCGUGCACUCCGUGGGCGCGACGCGGCGGCUGCCCGUCUCCGCGCGCCUGUUCGGCGCAGCCUCCCCCUGGCACAGGUCGUCCGAUUCGAUCUGGCCAGCGCCUUCUGCUCCGCCAGGUGGUCGCCUCCCCAGGCGCCCCCAUCGCGUCGUGAGCAAAAGUCCUGCCGGGACGUGCGUUGA